CCCAGUGGGCAGCGGGAAUGCCGGGCGGCGUGGGGGCGGGCCUCACGUCUGGUACAGUCAUCGCAAGCCUUUUCGGUGGGACUGUGAUGGCCGGAGAGAUGACGAUCUUAGGAUCAGCUGUUUUGACUCUCCUGUUGGCUGGCUAUUUGGCACAACAGUAUUUACCACUGCCUACUCCUAAAGUGAUUGGUAUUGACCUUGGCACCACCUAUUGUUCCGUUGGGGUGUUUUUUCCUGGUACAGGAAAAGUAAAGGUGAUUCCAGAUGAAAAUGGGCAUAUCAGCAUACCCAGCAUGGUGUCUUUUACUGACAGUGAUGUAUAUGUGGGAUAUGAAAGCUUAGAGCUGGCAGAUUCAGAUCCUCAAAACACAAUAUAUGAUGCCAAGAGAUUCAUAGGCAAGAUUUUUACCCCCGAGGAGCUGGAGGCUGAAAUUGGUAGAUACCCAUUUAAGGUUUUAAACAAAAAUGGAAUGGUUGAGUUUUCUGUGACAAGUAAUGAGACCAUCACCGUUUCCCCGGAAUAUGUUGGCUCUCGACUGUUGUUGAAGCUAAAGGAAAUGGCAGAGGAGUAUCUUGGAAUGCCAGUUGCCAAUGCUGUCAUUUCUGUACCAGCAGAAUUUGAUCUCAAACAGAGAAAUUCAACAAUUGAAGCUGCUAACCUUGCAGGAUUGAAGAUCUUGAGAGUAAUAAAUGAACCCACAGCGGCAGCUAUGGCCUAUGGUCUCCACAAGGCUGAUGUCUUCCAUGUCUUGGUGAUAGAUUUGGGCGGAGGAACUCUAGAUGUGUCAUUACUGAAUAAACAAGGAGGAAUGUUUCUAACCCGAGCAAUGUCUGGAAACAAUAAACUUGGAGGACAGGACUUCAAUCAAAGAUUGCUUCAGUAUUUGUAUAAACAGAUCUAUCAAGCGUAUGGCUUCAUUCCCUCUAGGAAAGAGGAAAUCCACAGAUUAAGACAAGCUGUGGAAAUGGUCAAAUUAAAUCUGACUCUUCAUCAGUCUGCUAAGUUAUCAGUAUUACUAACGGUGGAGGAAGAGGACAGGAAGGAACCUCAGAGUAGUGAUCCUGAACUGCCAAAAGACAGACUUUCCCCAGCAGAUGGCCACCAUGUGAACAGUGGGUUUGGACCUGGCCUUAUUGAAAAGAAAAGUGGAGAAAGUCAGGUUUUAUUUGAAACAGAAAUAUCGCGGAAGCUCUUUGAUACCCUUAAUGAAGACCUCUUCCAGAAGAUACUCGUCCCUAUUCAGCAAGUAUUAAAAGAAGGCCACCUGGAAAAGACUGAGAUUGAUGAGGUGGUUUUAGUCGGGGGCUCUACUCGUAUUCCUCGAAUCCGCCAAGUCAUUCAAGAGUUCUUUGGAAAGGAUCCCAACACGUCUGUAGACCCUGACCUAGCAGUGGUAACAGGAGUGGCUAUCCAAGCAGGGAUUGAUGGAGGCUCUUGGCCUCUCCAAGUUAGUGCUUUAGAAAUUCCCAAUAAGCAUUUACAAAAAACCAACUUCAACUGAAUUCUGGAGGAAUGAUGAUAAUCUGUGAUCUUGUCUGAUGAUCUUUUCCCCUUUAUCAGACUACUUCCUCCAAAAAAGAAAGUCUCUAUCUAAAAUAUCUCACAGAUUUACCUACAUUUAGAUAUAGGAAAAUUUUACAUAGCAUUUUAUUUUAGGAUUAUAUGUAACCAGAUUGAUCCUAUUUGAUUUUGGAGAGAUCCCAUUCCAACAAAUACUUCUAAAAGGAAAGAAUUGAGGUAAAACUCUCUUAUAAGAGUGUAAGUGACUAUAUUUCCUAGAUUCUGGAAGUAGAUAACCACAGGCGCUUAACAUAUUCUGUAAACAUUAAAUAGUGCCAAUUAUAAGAUUCCCAGUUCUUACUAAAUUGUAUUAGCAGGAGCUGGUAAUUUCCUUACUUGGUUAUCACAUGUAACUAUUAGUUUGAAUUCUACUUGAAGUACAGUAUUGGUGUCAAGUAUUUACAUUGGCUGGGAGAUAGCUGUAUUAUUAAUAUAAGCUGCAUACAUAAUAUUCAAUAACUGCCACAUUAUCUGACAAAUUUUACUUUCACAAAUUCAGGAUCCUGUUAUGUGUCAUAUUCUCAUAAUCUGCAUUCUCUAGGUUUUUUUAUGUAUUUAAUAAGUCAGUUUAUUUUCUUUCUAAAACAGGUACAGGUUUAUUUAAAUGUUCUAAUACCAGAUAGUAGAAAUACCUAAUUUAUAUUCUAGUUCCUUCAUCUCUUAUGUAUCACUCUGUGGAUUGCUAUGAUUUUGUUGGUUAGAACACAUAGGCAAUUAUUAGUUGCAUUUUUAAAAUGUUUUGAUGUGACGAUAAAGCCAUCAUUACUAUGUCAUUUUUUGUUAUCCAAGACCUUUUCAGACAUUGCUAAAUAGCAUUAAUUACCUACUGUAUUGGUUUUACAUUUUUGUUUUCUUUGUUUAUAUUUUCAGUAAGCCCUAGGGACUUAUAGCAUGCAUUUGAGCUAUCAAAUGGUAUUUGAUUCAGUUUCACUGAAAUUUUUUCUCAUAUUUAGUUUUAAAUAAGGAAAAUGUGUUCAAUUGUAAAAACCCUAUUAUUGUUUUCUAUUAUUUUUAAAUAGUCACACUUGGACUAUUUUCAGCCAUCAGGUUAGUAUGCAAUGAGAAUAAAACAUUUGUGAUUGCUAGAAGUAAUGUGGGGAAGGCACUGUGAGAAGGUUUCCAUAAAUCAACAUUUGAGUUGUAUGUUUUGUUUUGUUUGUUUGUUUAUUUCCUUAAAAGCCACAGGGACCAAGGAAGAAAAUAUAGCAGCUCGAUUUCUAUGAUACUCAUUUUAUUUGAAGAUAUAUGUAUAUAUAUUUUUCCUUAGUAGAAGAAUGCUUCAUAUUAUUAUUCAAAAAUUUUAUCCCGAUCAAUAUUUUUGUUAAUAAAAAAGGGUGUUUGCUUUAUCCAUUGUUGAAUUUAAAGAAUGUUGAAUUUCCAAUCACUGAAAAGGGGAUCACUAAGGAAAUUUAUUUCAACAUCAAAACUUUUCAGCUUCUCAGCAAAAAAUCUCAAUGUUAAUAUUUUUUGGUUGAAAAAAUGUUUCUUACCAGUGAAAUUGCUGUUAACACAAAAAUUUCAAUCAAAUACUUUUGUGUAGAGAAAAUGUGUGUAGUAGGUAAAUAGAAAAAUAUAAAAUGUGCAUUGAUAUGUUUUAUUUUAGAACUAAUGAAGAAAUGCCAAAGAAGAAUCCAUCACUGCAGUAUGAAAAUAUUCCAAGUGCUCUCUUGGACUUUAUGUAAAUCUUUAAUAGAUUUUAACACUGAAAAAUUCUUUUUAUGAAGGUCUUUAAUAGAAAAGUGUUCGAUUUGUCUCCACAUAUAGUAUCAGCUGUAACCUAAACCAUUUUAAAAUUUUUUUUAAAAAGCUUGAAUUUCUCAAAUAUUUGAGAUAGUUCAAGACAACCUAGUAAUCUGUUAACUAUUUUUAAAGGAAACAAUUUACAAAACAAGGCAGGCAGCUAAUCUCAUACUAAGCUAAUUCUUAUAUUGGAAUUUAAAUAAUUUGACUCUAUCUGAGAAAUAGAAUGGCAGUGUUGGAAUUUGGGGGCAAUAGUUUUGUGUGUUCUCUAGUGUAGUUACACCUUUAACAAAAUGAAGGAAUGUCUGUUUUCAAUCAUGUUUUAGGGGGCUGUAUAUAGUCUUGAAAUCAAUGUAGUUCAUUUAUUUAAAAGAUAAGAAUGCAUCCUAAAAAGGAUCAUUUAUGAAUAACAAUCUGAAGUCAUUUUUCAUAAGACAAACAGUAUACUUUAGUUGUACAUUUAGCUAGUGGUUUUUGAAGUACAUAACUUUUAAAAUAUUAAGUGUCUUGUGUGAUUAGAACAUGUAAACAAGUAAUUUAUUUUGUAUUAGGAAUGUUUUGAUGUACUGUUGCCACUCAAACCACUGACUUAACAGAUAACUACUGUGUGUAACGUGGACUAAAUAUUACAGUUACUGUGCAUAAAGAAUUGUGCCUCUUAAAUGUGUGUGUAUACAGGUAAUUCAUGUUUUAGUGUAAAUAAAUAACCAUUUUGCAGUUUGUUUUUUAAA